AUGUUCCCUUCUGCCUCGCCAGCAUCUGUUGGCCUUGAAUCAAAGAGACCCGAAGAUGAAUCAGAAUCUUUUGCGCCACCGGAAAGGAUUGAAGAUUCGAGAAACCGAAGCCCACCAAAACGUGAGAACAGAAAACCAAAGACUUUCAAGCCGGGAAAGGAAGAUAUUUUUCUUGAAGAUGUACCGGGUCUCUCAUUGGAUCGUGCUUUCUACGAAGAUCGAUCUUCCAAUCGUGAAAUAUACCGGCAUGGUUGUAUUUAUGAGAAACAAGUGGCAAUGUUCAAACAAAAGCUGAAAGCCAGGAUUCUGGGUUUCCAAAAUCUCCGAAUAUGUGACCUCGCGGAUACGGAAGGAUCGUCGAACAAAAAGACCGGGAAAAAAUCACGAUAUUUCAGCAAAUCCAAUCGUUCUGCCAUUGCGAAACCACCCAUUCCCUUGCCUGAUGUACCAUCAGAGUCAAUCAAGGAGGCUUUCGUCCCGGUCAUCCCGUUCUCCGAAAGUCAUUCCACUUGUCCAUCCGGUACGGGUGAGACGUUAACUAUGUGUGAAACAUUAAACCGUACAGUUUACGACAAACCGAACGACCUGAAAUCAUGGCUGGAUUUGCUCGAGCUUCAUGGCAAGGAAGCGUCUUUCUUGCAUUUAUCCGAGGGCUCCUACGCAAAUAGAGAUGAUCUGAAUCCUGGCGAUCGACUUGUUGUGAUACAAAAACAGUUGGCUAUUGCUGAA